CACUCACACACUACACAAGCUUCAGAGGAACUUGAGUACGACUAGCAGGCAGCAUGUCUAAUAUCGCCAAAACUAUUUCUAGGAGGCAGGGUAGAGGAGAAGGAUUGGGAACAAACAAGAAGGCAAUUCCCUUCAACAAGCAGGACUACCAGACCCUGAAGCAGGAAUGCCUGGCGAAAAAAACCCUGUUCUGUGACCCGACCUUCCCUGCUGAAUCCAAUUCUCUGGGAUACAAUGAACUCGGACCGCAGUCCUCUCAGACCAGAGGAGUCCAGUGGAAGAGACCUAAGGAGAUCUGCUCAAACCCUCAGUUCAUUGUGGACGGAGCCACACGGACGGACAUCUGCCAAGGAGCUUUAGGUGACUGUUGGUUGAUGGCGGCUAUUGCAUCUUUGACUCUGGAAAAUGAGUUUUUGGAACGUGUAGUUUCUCCUGGACAGAGUUUUACAGAGAACUAUGCCGGCAUCUUUCACUUUCAGCUCUGGCAAUAUGGUGAAUGGGUGGAUGUUGUCAUUGAUGACCGACUGCCCACCAGAGAUGGAAGACUGCUGUUUGUUCGUUCAGCUAAUGGUUCGGAGUUCUGGAGUGCACUGUUGGAAAAGGCCUAUGCAAAGGUAAAUGGCUCAUAUGAAGCUCUGUCUGGAGGCCUGACCCUUGAGGGUUUUGAAGAUUUCACUGGAGGCAUCUCUGAGAGCUAUGACCUGAGCAAACCUCCUCCACACCUGUUUAAACUCAUACAGAAAGCACUGACGCUUGGAUCAUUAAUGGGUUGCUACAUCGUUGCCAGUUCGCAGGAGACAGAAGCAAAGACAAGUCUGAAGCUGGUGAAGCUUCAUGCCUACUCAGUCACCAGCGCAAAGGAGGUUCAUUCCAAUGGUCGUCUGGUUCAGUUGGUGCGUAUCAGGAACCCUUGGGGACGGGUGGAGUGGACGGGCCCUUGGAGUGACGAUUCCAAUGAGUGGACAACCGUCCAACCGGAGGAGAGAGCUAAACUGGUUUAUUCUGCUGAUGAUGGAGAGUUCUGGAUGGCAUAUUCAGACUACAUACAGCAUUUCUCGAAGUUGGAAAUUUGCAAUCAGACUCCAGAUGCCCUUUCAAGUGACACUUUAAGCCACUGGAGCUUCACCCAGUUUGAAGGUGACUGGAAGGUGGGAUCCACCGCAGGGGGCUGCAUAAAGAACACAGUUGCAUUCUGCUCUAACCCUCAGUUUGUGAUCAAGCUGGAGGAAGAAGAUGAUGAUCCUCAUGAUGGAGAGAUCGGCUGCACGAUCCUAGUGGGUCUGAUGCAGAAAGAUUUUCGUAAAAACAGGCGUUUUAGACAAAACCCAAACACCAUCGGUUUCUCUAUCUAUAAGGUUCCAAAUGAGUUCAAGGGUCGCAGUAACAUUCAUCUCGGUCCUGACGUAUUGCAGCAUCAACGGUCCAUUGCAAGUUCCAGCUACUCCGGCCACAGAGAGGUGAGCGAGCGCUUCAAACUGCCUCCGGGUGAAUACGUCAUUAUCCCCUACACUUUUGAGGCAAAUCGCAGCGGAAGCUUUGUACUGCGUGUGUUCACAGAGAAAGAGGCUGCUGCCAGCCUCGUGGACACGGAUAUCAGUGCAAAUGUGAAAAAGGAAUACAUUUCUGAGAAUGAUGUGGACCCACAUUUUAAACAGUUUUUCAAUCAGGUUGCUGGAAAUGACUCAGAGGUGUCUGUGUUUGAACUGAAGCAGGUCCUAGACAGUGUUAUCUCGAAACGAACCGAUGUGAAGACGGAUGGAUUUAGUAUGGAAACCUGUCGCCACAUUAUCAGUCUGCUAGAUAGAGAUGGCAACGGCAAACUCGGUCUUGUGGAGUUUCAAAUACUAUGGACAAAGAUCCAGAAAUAUUUGGAGGCUUUUAAGAAGCAUGAUACAGACAACUCAGGCACUAUGAGUUCCUAUGAGAUGAGAGAUGCCGUGAAAGAAGCAGGGUUCCAGCUGAACAACGAGGUUCUUCAGGUGAUCAUCUCACAUUACGCCAAUCAGCAGUACUCCAUUGACUUCGAUUCCUUCGUUGGCUGCCUGAUUCACUUGGAAAUGCUCUUCAAAAUAUUUAAAACAUUGAAUAAGAAGGACACGGGGAAAAUUGAGCUGGAUAUCCUGCAGUGGCUCUGCUUGGCACUCAGUUGAAAAUCCACUCACCAUAACUGCAUCAGAAGUCAAAUCUUCGAAGAAGAUGCAGCAGACCUGAAAUACUCAAGAGUAAAAACAACUCAAGGCGGGUAUUAUCUAAACUCGGAAUGGCUUAAAACAUUUUUUGGUGCUUAUCUGCUGAAAAUCAGUAAACUAAAUAUCUAAAAUAUAUUACACUAUUUCAGUGAAAACUAACAUAUAAUCAUGAAUAUUGUACUGAAUAUCAUGGUAUUUACAUAGUAUAUGUAUUAAAUGUCCAUUGCAAGUCUACUGAACCCAAGUGUGCAGAACCCAAAGCAUUAAUUCAGUUACAGACAAUCAUCUUUUUUUAUGGUGAGGUACUUUAAAGGUGCAUACUGCCACCUACUGCAUUGGAGUAGAUCAUUUUUUUUGUAUUUUUACAACCGCUACUUACUUUUUCAAAACUCUUCUCACAGCAAGAACGACAUCAGUCUAUGUGGGCUCAACUGCGAAUCAUUUAUCAUUGCUUUGCACAAAAUGCAUGUCAAACUUUCUCACUUCUGACACACACCACCAAAACCUUAUUUACUACACAAGCGCAUGUCUACAUAAUGCAUUCAUAACUGUUAAAAGUUCAAAACCUGGCACAGUACAAAUUCAAUAAGACAGAAAUUUGCAACAUUUCGACAGUAAUGUCAUACUGAAAAGCAUUUUGAAUGUAAAACUGAAGCAGUUGGGUUCACUAUGGGUUAGUCUUUUACUGUAAUGUAAACAUGGUAAUUUAAGCACAUUUUAAAUGUGAAAUAAACUGUGUAAAUGUAUGCUUACGAUUGUUUAAAAACUGAAUUAAUUAUUUAAUUAAUUCAUGACUCAUCUAAAUUCUACUAAUAUGUCCAAACAAUAAGUAAUGCUUUAAUAACCUACAUUUUCUAAAACACCUUUAAUAUCUUAAUUCCUUCCUAAUUCGAUGAUACUUUUCUUUUUUUCCUUUCUUAUACCUAUCAAUAUUCAGUAUUAUUAAAUAUUUUGUGUGCUAACUAAAGCAUCUAAAGAUCCUCAAAUGCAAUACUCUUUCAUAUAUUUUUUUUUCUUUUAUAUUCAAUUUAUCAUUUUAUCAUUUAUCAAUUUAUCAUACAUACAAAAUUAUUAUACAAUCAUUUAACAGUUUAUUUACCCAUUUAA